AUGACGCAACAAAAGCCAGAAAUGCCUUCUGGUGUCGACCAACAGCCAUCUCCUGGUCCAAGCUACAUGGGCUCAUCCCCUGCAUCCUUCGACUAUGUUGAGGAACAGUUUGGCGGAGGUCGUCGAUAUGAAGCACCGCCUGCCGAGUUGACUCCCUCACGGCUGAGGACCAGACUCAAGGCCACAGUGCGGGACGUCGGUAUUGUCAAGGACGCCUCUGCCCGACGCCAGGCCUAUCAAAAUACCUCUAACGACGUUCAGCUUUCCGUUGGUCCAUUCCACCACGUGGUGCAGGACGGUGCUUCAACUUCAACAAGCGAUACGUCAUCGCUUACGCUGAACGUGGCUUACAGUCGGCACAACUCACCCUUUCCUCCACUACAAGGUCCUGCACAACUGCAGGAUUUGUUUUACGGCCCUAUGGACCAGCAGUCUCCUUGGAUGCAGCAAAACCCAUCUGGUGAUUUCGGAAUGAUGCAGCCUGAUACUUUCACGGCUGGAUUACUCGGAGAUCAAGCUCUAGGCAUGGCUGGAGCGGGCGACAAGUCGCUGUGGCCUGCACCGUCUGUGACCAACGUGCAAGACUGUAAAACUACCAAUGCGCAGAACACAACCCACCUUGCACCUCUGCCUUCACACACGCCUUUUCAUUUUCCCGCCAGUUCAUCUGGUCAGCCUCUCAUGUCUCGCGGAUGUUCGCUGGAUCCAGCAGGCCAACCGUCUUCGGGAUUGAUGCAGAACUCACCAUUCACCCUGCAUCCUGCACCAUAUGUACCGCCUCAAGAUCAUGCCCAUCCUAUUCCAGCCACAAACAUCAUCCCGCCAACACCACUCAAGGAUGGUGGCGGUAAGACUCCUGGUGCCUCUGCGUCCACUGAUAAUGCACUCCUUGCCUCGACAAGAGAUCCUAGUCCAAAGUUGGACCUAGGUCACUAUUCUCCGGCUACCACCUACCGCGUUCGGUUCCCUGAAGAGAGUGAGCCGAGAAUGCACCAGGAGGAUCAAGCGGUAACUGGCCGCAGGUCAGCAGAUAUGAACGCAGCACUCGACACUGGGUUUGUGGGCAUUGAGCAUCACUUUCUUGAGCUCGCAGCGUCCACCGCCCUCCCCAUGACUCAACUAAUCAAUUUAUACCUGAAGUCUCGAGGACGCAGUGUGAACGGCACUAAUUACUGGAAUCUGUACGCCAAUUACUUCAAGGACCACUUGCAGGAGGAGCUCGGCCGCUGUGAAAAAGAGAAAUCAGAAGGCAGUGGGACACCUAGUGCAACAUUGCGAAGAAAAUGCUACGAGAAAUUCAAGGACACCUUUCCCGACACCUAUCAAGACAUCCUAUCGAAGCAUGAGGAAGUAGCUCUCCUGAGCUCGUCUCCCCAAACUAUUGCCCAGCGCGGACAAGCAUUCCAAAAACACUAUCGGAGUGUGACGAGCAUCCUCGAGUCCGGCUCCGCUAGAUUUGGAUUUGAAGCAGCCGUUGUAUUAUGUGGUAAAGUGGUUAAUGAAGACGGUUCGCUUGGUCAUUCUUACAACACACCUGGUGCUGGUGGGUUCUGGGAAAUGCGAUGCCGUGCCAGCGAUGACAUGAUCAUCGGUCAUUUAAAGGCCCACGUGUAUAACACCACAUCGCUAUCUGCAGUUGAUGAUGCCUUUCCAGAAACCGGGGACGAUAGCCAUCAAAACAGACACCGACCGUUACCCACGACAUAG